ACCUUCAUUGUCAGCUGCCGGGUUCCUCCUCCUUCGAAACCGAAGAGGAGUAUCUGCCCUUAAGAUUGGGUCAUAAGAGAGGGAAAAACAACUGCGCGCUCUUCCUUUUUUUUUUUUUUUUUUUGAGUUUUGGUUCUUUAAGAGAGGUAAAGAUGGCGGUAAAAUGCCAUGUUCUUUUGAUUGCUUCACUUCUUUCCUUGCUGCUUACGUCGGUCAUUGCUCAUGGAGAUAAAAAAAAGGGUGUGACUUAUGAUGGGAGGUCCUUGAUCAUCAAUGGCAAAAGAGAGCUUCUCUUCUCUGGCUCCAUUCACUAUCCUCGCAGUACUCCUGAAAUGUGGCCAGAACUAAUCCAGAAGGCUAAGCGUGGAGGUUUGAAUGUAAUCCAAACUUACGUCUUUUGGAAUAUUCACGAGCCUGAGCAGGGCAAGUUUAAUUUUGAAGGAUCAUAUGACCUGGUGAAGUUCAUCAAGACGAUUGGGGAGAAUGGUAUGUCUGCAACCAUCAGGCUUGGACCAUUCAUCCAGGCUGAAUGGAACCAUGGAGGGCUCCCAUAUUGGUUGAGAGAGAUUCCAGACAUCAUAUUCCGUUCAGACAACGCACCCUUCAAGCUUCAUAUGGAGAGAUUCGUUACAAUGAUCAUCAACAAGUUGAAAGAAGAGAAAUUGUUUGCAUCACAAGGAGGUCCCAUCAUCUUGGCUCAGAUUGAAAAUGAGUACAACACUGUCCAACUUGCAUAUAGAAACUUGGGAGUUAGCUAUGUUCAGUGGGCAGGAAAUAUGGCUCUGGGGCUGAAAACAGGAGUCCCAUGGGUCAUGUGCAAGCAGAAGGAUGCUCCUGGUCCAGUGAUCAAUACGUGCAAUGGAAGGCACUGCGGAGAUACCUUCACAGGCCCCAAUAGUCCUGAUAAACCAUCUCUAUGGACUGAGAACUGGACUGCUCAAUUUAGAGUUUUUGGAGAUCCCCCAUCUCAAAGAUCAGCAGAAGAUACUGCAUUUUCAGUUGCUCGUUGGUUUUCAAAGAAUGGUAGUCUGGUCAACUACUACAUGUACCAUGGUGGGACAAACUUUGAUAGAACUGCUGCCUCAUUUGUAACAACCCGCUACUAUGAUGAAGCUCCUCUUGAUGAAUAUGGUUUGCAGAGGGAACCAAAAUGGGGUCACCUCAAGGACCUUCAUAGGGCUCUAAAUCUAUGCAAGAAGGCUCUUCUAUGGGGAACCCCUAAUGUUCAAAGGUUAUCUGCUGAUGUAGAGGCUCGGUUCUUUGAGCAACCUAGAACCAACGAUUGCGCCGCUUUCUUGGCCAACAACAACACGAAAGAUCCAGAAACUGUUACAUUCAGGGGUAAGAAGUAUUACCUUCCAGCCAAAUCCAUCAGCAUCCUCCCAGAUUGCAAGACUGUCGUUUAUAAUACCAUGACGGUUGUGUCACAACAUAAUUCAAGAAACUUUGUGAAAUCAAGAAAAACAGACGGAAAACUUGAAUGGAAGAUGUUUUCAGAAACCAUUCCAUCUAACCUUCUAGUAGAUUCCAGGAUCCCAAGAGAACUUUAUAACUUAACUAAAGAUAAAACCGACUACGCUUGGUUCACCACGACCAUAAAUGUGGAUCGUAAUGACCUGUCAGCACGAAAAGAUAUCAAUCCAGUUUUAAGAGUUGCAAGUCUUGGCCAUGCAAUGGUUGCUUUUAUAAAUGGGGAAUUUAUAGGUUCUGCACAUGGGAGCCAAAUUGAGAAGAGCUUUGUCCUCCAGCAUUCUGUGAAGUUGAAGCCUGGGAUUAAUUUUGUUACACUCUUGGGCUCUCUAGUUGGACUCCCAGAUAGCGGAGCCUACAUGGAGCAUAGGUACGCUGGACCUCGCGGUGUCUCAAUCCUAGGUUUGAACACUGGAACACUUGAUCUGUCAUCCAAUGGUUGGGGACAUCAGGUUGCCUUGUCGGGAGAGACAGCAAAAGUGUUCACAAAGGAAGGGGGGAGGAAGGUAACAUGGACCAAAGUCAAUAAGGACGGACCUCCUGUUACUUGGUACAAGACUCGCUUUGAUGCUCCUGAAGGAAAAUCCCCUGUUGCUGUCCGGAUGACCGGUAUGAAGAAGGGUAUGAUUUGGAUCAAUGGCAAGAGCAUCGGUCGUUACUGGAUGAAUUACAUCUCCCCUCUUGGAGAGCCUACUCAAUCAGAAUAUCACAUCCCAAGAUCUUACUUAAAACCAACAAACAACCUUAUGGUUAUAUUGGAGGAGGAGGGAGCAAGCCCUGAGAAGAUUGAGAUCCUAACUGUCAAUAGAGAUACCAUCUGUAGCUACGUGACUGAAUAUCAUCCACCAAAUGUGAGAUCCUGGGAAAGGAAGAAUAAAAAAUUCACACCUGUUGCGGAUGAUGCAAAACCAGCAGCUCGCUUAAAGUGUCCAAACAAGAAGAAGAUUGUUGCGGUGCAGUUUGCAAGCUUUGGUGAUCCUUCGGGUACCUGUGGAAACUUUGCUGUUGGAACUUGUGAUUCACCUAUUUCCAAGCAAGUUGUUGAGCAGCAUUGCUUGGGAAAAACUAGCUGUGAUAUUCCAAUGGACAAAGGGCUUUUUAACGGAAAGAAAGACAACUGUCCAAAUUUGACCAAGAAUCUGGCCGUUCAAGUGAAGUGCAGCAACAAGGGUCCCAAGCGUUCUGCAAACCAGGCUUAAACAUCAUAUGCCUAGAACAAUUUUAUUGUGGUUUCAAGGACAUGUAAUCUUGAACAUCGUCUUUCUUAAAAAUUCUACCUUGUCUUUCCAUCAGAAUAAAUUUCCCUUUCAUAUGUUA